UGAAGAAGUUGAGUCUCCUCAGUCUGUCGCCGGCGCCGCGGAGGACAGCGGACAGACCCGCAGCGGGGACGUGUGCAGAGGGACACGGGGAGAUUGUUGGAGCGCUGGAGACCGUGUGGCCCCGUCUGCAGCCAGCUCAGACCGUUUUCUUGUUUGGCCGCAGCUGCAGGGAGGGCUAAUAACCUGCCGUCACUUCAGAGCCCCUUCGGAGGUCGGUCCAGGUGUUUUUCUCCUUACAUGAGGAUCGCCUCAGGGGUCCCACACCACUUGCCGACCCACACGCUGCAGGCGACGGGGCAUCCUAGAGGGCUGGAGACAUGUUGGAACGGAGGCCCGGGGACCACUGCACUGAAUUUCGUUACUAUAGCAGCUACUGUAGUAACCAUGGAAACGCUAUGGAGGACUGGUCUGGUCUGCACUGUCAUUGUCAUCAUGGGUGCCAGCGAGGUCGCAGGAGGUCGCAGAGAUGACUUGGCCCAAUCACAAGCUGCUUUCCUGUCCACUCUUGGACAGUAUGAGAUCGCUAUCCCUGUACGAGUUGGACCCAACGGCGAGAAGUUGGAUGGAGACAAUUCUCACCACCAAAGAAAGCGGCGCAGUCCUGAAGACAGGCUUCACGACACACUCUUCUAUCAGCUGUCUACGUCCCAGAACAACUUCCUGCUCAACUUGACGCUGCAGGGAGGCCUGCUUUCCCGCCGCUUCAGGGUGGAGUAUUGGAAGAGGGGUCAAUUAGCCUGGAGUCACCCUUACUCCCCCCACUGCCACUAUACAGGACACCUACAAGACCAGCCUCACUCUAGCAAAGUGGCCUUGAGCAACUGUAAUGGCCUGCAGGGGGUUAUUGUUGCAGGUGGGGAGGAGUACCUGAUUGAGCCGCUUGUCUCAUCAGACAACCAAACAAAGACGGAGAGCAGUGAAAGAACAGAGGAGCGCCCCCAUGUGGUUUACAAAAGGUCAUCCCUUCGCCAUCAGUACAAGGGCCGGUCCUGUGGGGUCAUAGAUGAGAAGCCAAUGAAAAGUUUGUCUUGGUGGCAGCGGACGCUGAAGAUGCCUCCUCAUCAUGUCGGUCGUGGCCAGCUGCCUCUGAAGCGCUCCGUAAGCCAGGAGCGCUACGUGGAGACACUGGUGGUGGCUGACAAGAUGAUGGUGGGUUACCACGGCCGCAGGGACAUCGAGCAGUACAUCCUGGCCGUCAUGAAUAUUGUUGCCAAACUGUUCCAGGAUUCUAGCCUGGGGAAUGCAGUCAACAUCGUGGUGACACGACUCAUUCUGCUCAUGGAAGACCAGCCGACGCUGGAGAUCAACCAUCAUGCAGGGAAGUCCUUAGACAGCUUCUGCAAGUGGCAGAAAAGCAUCCAGCACCGGAACAGCUACGGCAACGCCAUACCAGACAACGGCAUCGCUCACCAUGACACCGCUGUGCUCAUCACCAGGUACGACAUCUGUAUCCAGAAAAACAAGCCCUGUGAAACUCUAGGUCUGGCUCCUGUAGGAGGGAUGUGUGAACCAGAGAGAAGCUGCAGCAUCAAUGAGGACAUCGGCCUGGGAACAGCUUUCACCAUCGCCCAUGAAAUCGGACAUACGUUUGGGAUGAACCAUGACGGAAUGGGGAACACCUGUGGGCCUCGUAGUCAAGAGACCGCCAAGCUGAUGGCUGACCACAUCACCAUGAAGACCAACCCGUUCAUCUGGUCCGCCUGCAGCCGCGAUUACAUCACCAGCUUCCUGGACUCGGGUAUGGGCUCCUGCCUGAACAAUGUGCCGCUGAAGCAGGAGUUCGUGUAUCCCACCACAGCACCAGGCCAGGCCUACGAUGCAGACGAACAGUGCCGCUUCCAGUAUGGGAUAAGAUCUCGGCAGUGUAAAUAUUCAGAAGUCUGCAGUGAACUCUGGUGCAUGAGUAAGAGUAACCGCUGCAUCACCAGCAGCAUUCCCGCUGCAGAGGGAACCAUCUGUCAGACCAACACCAUAGAGAAAGGGUGGUGCUACAAGAGGAUGUGCGUGGCAUAUGGGACGCGUCCAGAGGGAGUAGAUGGAGGAUGGAGUCUAUGGUCACCCUGGGGGGAGUGCAGCAGGACAUGUGGGGGUGGCGUCUCCUUUUCUGCCAGACACUGUGACAGCCCCAGGCCAACCAUCGGUGGGAAGUACUGUCUGGGGGAAAGAAAGCGCUUCCGGUCCUGCAAUAUUGAUGAGUGUCCUGCGGGCUCUCGGGACUUUCGGGAGAUUCAGUGUUCCGACUUUGACAACAUCCCCUUCAGAGGAAAAUUUUAUACUUGGAAGCCUUACAGAGGAGGUGGAGUGAAACCCUGCUCCCUCAACUGCCUUGCAGAAGGGUACAACUUCUACACAGAGCGUGCCUCUGCUGUCGUGGACGGCACGCUGUGUCGAGACGAGUCUCUGGACAUGUGUGUGAGCGGCGAGUGUAAGCACGUAGGUUGCGAUCGCGUCCUCGGCUCUGAUGUUCGGGAGGACCGCUGCAGGAUCUGCGGGGGUGACGGUAGCAGCUGUGAUUCCGUGGAGGGUGUCUUCAACGACUCGCUGCCUGAAGGAGGUUAUGAAGAAGUGGUCAGGAUUCCUAAAGGAUCUGUGUUUAUCCACCUACAAGAGCUCAACAUGUCCUUAAACUAUUUAGUGCUAAAGAGUAAAAGUGACCAAUAUUUUAUCAAUGGGAAGUUGACCAUUGACACACCACGGAGAUUCAACGUUGCUGGAACCAUGUUCCACUACAGACGCCCCACUGAUGGACCAGAAACUCUAGAGGCGCUGGGCCCAACUAACAUCACUCUCAUUGUUAUGGUCCUGGUGAGGGAAGAGAACCCAGGGAUCCACUAUCGUUUCAACCCUCCACUCAACAGGGAUCCUCUGAGCGGCUUCUCCUGGUUCUACACCUCCUGGUCGCGCUGCUCUGUACUGUGUGCUGGAGGUGUGCAGAUCCAGCAGGUGGUGUGUAAGAGGUUGAUGGAUCAUACCGUCGUCUACAAUCACUUCUGUGACAAGAAGAGCAAACCCAAAGAGAAGAGAAGAUCCUGCAACACUGAGCCCUGCUCCCCGACCUGGUGGACAGGAGGGUGGUCAGAGUGCAGCCGCAGCUGUAACGGUGGUCUGCGCACUCGGGAGGUGCUGUGCAAGCGGAGAAUCUCUGUCACAGAGGAGAAGAUCCUGGACGACUCGGCCUGCAGCUCCCAUCGCCCUUCUCUCACCGAGCCCUGCAACAACCACAGCUGCCCCCCUGAAUGGCUGGCUCUGGAUUGGUCAGAGUGUACUCCCAGUUGUGGACCUGGCUACAGGCACCGUGUGGUACUGUGUAAGAGCGGGGAGAGCGGCGACAUCUUGCCGGAGUCUAGGUGUCCCAAACAUGGCCGACCUACCUCCAGGGUCCGCUGCAACCUAAAGCGUUGCCCUCCCCCUCAGUGGAUAGUGGGUCCUUGGGGAGAGUGUUCUGCCAAGUGUGGUCUGGGUCAGGAGAUGCGUUUGGUGCAGUGUCUGACGCACACCGGCCAACCAUCCAGCGAGUGUCUGGACCAUCAGCGGCCGGCGGCCAUGCAGCAGUGCAGGAGCAAAUGUGACCUCAAUCUGCCCAUCAGCACAGAGAACACUGAAGAGUGUAAAGAUGUGAACACUGUCGCCUACUGCCCCCUAGUGCUCAGGUUUAAGUUCUGCAGCCGGCCGUAUUUCAGACAAAUGUGCUGCAAGACCUGCCAGGGACACUGACGUAGCAGAGCUCAAAGCAUCCACCUGUGGGCGCUGCUCACUCACAGAAAGCCUGAAACCUCCGAGCUGAGCCUCCGUCAGCGGAGUCGGGAUCUUGCCGAGGUGCAGACACUUGCUCUGAAACUGACCAGAGGAGAGUUUGUGUUUCUACUCCAAGAAUCCAGAUCAAACAUUUCACUGGAGGAAAACCCGGAGAGGCGGAGAGACGACUUCGGUCUCUUUGUUGUGAUAUUUUGGUGCUAAUAUCUUUGACUUUGGCCAGGACUGGUCUUUAAAGUGCCACUUGUCUUGACGUUUAACCUAAUCUCUUAACCUGUAUGUUCGCAGGUCAUAUUUGUUCUGAAUAAUAUUUUAAUUCUACCUUGUAAAAAUAAAAUAUUAACAUAUCUUUGGCCCCUUUCAACAUGUAAAAGAUGAAAGUUAUCUGUCUGCUGUUACUUGACCAUUUUUUGAUAUUUCUUUGUUGCAUAUCACCAAGUUUUUGCUGUUUUCCAGCCACUCGAGCUUGAUUUGCACAGACCAUCAGCAGUCAGAGGACCUGUGUGUUGUAUGUUUGCAGUUAUGUGGUUUGGCUUGAUGCCUUUUCAGAAUCUCUAAAUGUGUCAGUACAGUCAACCUGCCACACACUCACUAUUUCUGAUCUUUGACUUAGAGGUUUUGACCUCAGCAGCGCAACAUUUUAUCGAAUGUCAGUUUGAGAUGGCAGCUUGUGUAGCCUCGUUGCUUUUUUUCUCACAUUUGAUGUUAGAAAUUGCAAAGAUGAUCCCACUGAAUAGAAAUUUGGAGCUGCCUUGUUUAAAAAUGAUCAAUUAGGGAAUAAUUUGUGAAAUAUACACUUUUUGCAGUUUUAUGGCCUUAAAAAGUCCCUUAUCUACAGCAAACUUUAUUUAAAAGUGUCAAUUUCAGCCUUGCAUAUAAACUAUUUACUAUCAAACAUGCAGCAGAAUGCUGUUUUCUUUCAGAUUAAUCGUUUAGAAAAAGUAUCGCCUCUUUUUCUGUUAUUGCCUGCUUGCAGCUGUUAUGAAGAUAUGAGCUACGCUCUCUCCUUUUCAGCUAUAACUUCAAAAUUUGUUGCUUUAUUUAAAAAUGCACACACAUCUUAGAGUAAAAUCGCCACCCCCCCCCCUUUAAUGUUUUUUUGUUGUUUUAUAUGAAAGCACGUUACCCAAAAAAAGACUGUCUAUUUAGGCCUUUUCUCGAGGAAAUGCACAUACGCAGCAUUGAAAGAUGUUAUUUCAGCUAUUUCUAAAUCCUGCAGAGAAUAAAUUUAGACGUGCUCCAUCAGACGGUUGAAGAUCAGUCAUCGGGUGUUGCUGCAUUGCUGUGAUGUUCGCUGAAUUGUCAUGUGGUCUGACGACAAACAUUGUACAGAGAGGAAGAGGUGACUUCCUUACUGGAUUUUCUGCAACCUUGUUCCUCUUUUGUGGUGCUUUUUUUUGAUGGUGCUAUUACUUCAAUAAUGUUGGUUUUUUUUCUAUUGAAUUUUUGUUUUUCAGUUUUUAAAUAUUUUGAGCCCUUUUGUAAUAAUACUAUCUUUAAAACUGUUUUGACACCUAUAUUAUUGCAGUUAUUUUCACUCUCACCCAUUUGAAGUUUUUUUUUUGCAUAUUCUCAUUUAUGUUAUUAACAUCUUGACUUACAAGAAAAGGCUUUCCUCUAAUGAAAAAAGUGCACUUAAAAUCCCCCAAUAUGUAGUUCCGCAAAUGUUCUGUUUUCUAUGAAGUUUUUAUUUUGAAGUCCAGCUGUUUUUCAUCAAGAUUAGUUUUAUCUCUCAGCAUCAGGUGAGAGUUAAAGCAAGAAAACAGUUUUAGAAAAGAGAUAAUCAAACAUAAGCAUAAAUCCUGAUGUAUAUUUAAGGUGUUUAAAUGCACAAAUUACAGCUAAGAAAAACAUAUAAUACUAAUAAAUGUUGUCAGUUCUCCACUAUUAUCAAAAUGUAAUUUUUAAAUAAUUAUCUGGCUGAUACAUUUUUAUCAGGUCAUAGCAAAGGUUCAACAAUCAGAGGUAGCAUUACAAAUUAGAUAAUAAAAAAGGGGGUAAAAGAAAUAAAUGUUUAUUAUCAUGACAUUAAUAAAGAUGAAUUUUAUUAUGUCUAAUUUCACUCAUUUUUAUUUAAAAGGCAGUUUGACAGAGACACUUUGGCUCUAAAAUGUAGCUUCCAGCAGUGAAACAGUUUUAAAUAAAAAAGGGGAGAUCAAUACCAGUGUUUGUUAUUCUGUUUUCAAAUGCUAACUAUACCUGUACUGUAUAUUGUUGAAAAUUGUAGAGAUGGAGAUGAGUUCUUUUGUCCUCUAUGUACAUCUUUUUAAAAGGAAGUAAUAAAUUGAUAAAGAAAGAGUUUAAAAGAA